GCGCCUUUCGCGGGAGCCGUUUGGGUUCCCGGCAUCCCCCGCGGCGGGGUCGCGCAGAGCCGGAAGCGAGCGCAGCGCCCGGCUGGCCAGACUGAGCCACCUCAUUCAUCCGCAGCAUGGCGGCGCCGGGCGGCAGCGUCCUGUGCCUCUUCGAUGUGGACGGGACCCUGACCGCCCCCAGGCAGAAAAUCACAGCAGAAAUGGCAGAUUUUCUGCAGAAGCUGCGGAAGAAGGUGAGAGUUGGAGUUGUAGGUGGUUCAGACUUUGACAAAGUUCAAGAGCAGCUGGGAGACGAUGUGGUUGAAAAAUUUGACUACGUCUUUCCAGAAAAUGGUCUUGUAGCAUACAAAGAUGGGAAAUUUUUGUGCAAGCAGAGCAUUCAGAGUCACAUGGGUGAGGACCUGCUCCAAGAUCUAAUCAACUAUUGUCUGAGUUACAUUGCAAAGAUUAAACUGCCGAAGAAAAGGGGUACUUUUAUUGAGUUCCGAAAUGGGAUGCUGAAUGUCUCCCCUGUUGGGAGAAGCUGCAGCCAGGAAGAGCGAAUUGAGUUCUAUGAACUUGAUAAAAGGGAACAUAUAAGAGAGAAAUUUGUAGCUGAUUUACAAAGAGAAUUUGCAGGAAAAGGCCUCACAUUUUCUAUAGGGGGGCAGAUAAGCUUUGAUGUAUUCCCAAAUGGCUGGGAUAAGACAUACUGCUUAGGAAUUGCCUGCAACGAUGGAUACAAGACUGUCUAUUUCUUUGGAGAUAAGACCAUGCCAGGUGGAAAUGAUUAUGAAAUCUACACAGACUCCCGAACAGUAGGCCACAGUGUCACAUCACCAGAGGACACAAGAAGAAUCUGUGAAGAGCUCUUUUUUAAAUAAAUGACUGUUCCCCUUUAGAUCUGACAGCAGCCAAACACUCUGUUCAGCUAAAGUCAAGAAGAAAUACCAAUCCCUUCAAACAUGAAAUAUUUCACUUCUUUCCAGUGGUGUUUUUUCUUAAUGGUUCACAAACAGCAAAUGUACUGUUAAUCAUACAUCACUAGUGAGAAUUCAAUGUUGAUUUGUCAAGUAUAGCAAAAUUUGUUUAGGAACAACUCUUUUGUAUUCCUGUAGACACAAGUUUAAUUCAGUUAUGUACUGAAGUCUUUUUAAAAAUGAAUUAUCUAACUAGGAUAAGUAGAUUCAGCUGUUUUUUCUCUGAAGUGGUACAUUGGGGAACAUAAUUGAAAACUCCUACAACUAGACAUUUUUGGCUCAAAUU